UUUAUUGUCCUUGGGUAUGACCACGUUACACCAGGACCAUAACAGGUAUUGGUAUCUAAAACAACCAAGGACACAUGGAAAAUAUUAGGCUCCUCAUUAGAAAGACGAGGAAAAGCACAGUGAGUUCAUAUUUAUCUUUGACUCAUUCUGGAAAACCAUGGAGAUGGAAAAAUAAAUACAUCAGUGCUACAUUAUCAUACAUUUUGGGUUUGGAAUGAAUGUGGGUUCAAAUACUAAGCACCUCCAUUACCUGAAUAACUUAGACUAUAAAGUGUAUACUGUAGAAGAAAAACAACUAAACUAUUACAGAAGAAUCUGUUCAUAGCUCUUUUUUUUAAAAGAAUAUUCAUCUUUGGUUUUCAUCUUUACCCAUUCUAAUGUCUUAAUUAGUUCACUUUAACCUUCAUUCCUUUUCUAAUACUAAACAUAAUUCUGAAUCAGGUAAGAUAAGUUUUCCGUGUCAUGACAACGAUAUCCCAAGAGUUGCCUGGAUACAUGAUUACUCCUCAAGGGACAUGUGCCCUUCGCUGUUAUCGGUGUAAUCAAAACCUUGCGUCCAACAUAUCAGACUGAUGAGAAAAUGAUGUGUUUUGCCACUGAAGUGCAUACAGUAUUCACUUCUCAUUUACUUAAGGGAUUAUAAGUCAGGAAAGCACUCAGUGAGUCAUGCUGAUUACAGCAAUGAGAACAUGAGGAUGAAGGUCUUUUUUAAUCCAUGUGGCAUCUGCAGGAGGACAGGUAAUAGUAUAAAAGUGGCUGGUAGGCACUCUGGAGGCCCUCAUUCAACAACAGCAGGUGAAGACCAAAGGUAACAUUUGUACUUUAUAUUCUUAUUUUCAGAUUAUUUUCAAUGUAUUAUUCAAAUGAUUUCGUAUCGUUGCCAUGGUAUUAAGCUUGAGACAUUAUUUGUUCUAGGAUACCAUGAUUAUACCAACAAAGUCUUGUGUGGCAUCCCUUUUGCUGGUAUCAAUACUUGUUCACGUAGGAGAUUUCUAUCCCAACAGCGACAUCGCAACCGUGGGCUGUGAGCGGUGUCAUCUGGGAGUGAAUGAUUUCUUCAGCAAGCCCGGACCUCAAGUCUAUCAGUGUAUGGGAUGCUGCUUCUCAAGAGCUUAUCCUACUCCUUUGCGAUCCAAGAAUACAAUGAUGGUCCCAAAAAACAUCACCUCAGAGGCAACAUGCUGUGUGGCCAGACAGUAUGAAACGGUGUCCGUCUAUGGUGUGAAUGUGCAGAACCACACAGAAUGCCAUUGCAGCACAUGCUACCAUCACAAGUCUUAG